UUUUUAUCUAAAUGUUUUUAUAUAUCGAUUGUGAAGAAACCAGCCCAUCUUCUAACCUUACCAAUGUAAGCUAAAUAGCGCUAUAAUUUAUACGACUGAUUAAACGAUUCCACAUAUACUUAACCGGAACAAACGAUUUUCUAUUGAGGCGAUGUCUUUGGCCUCCUUAAGCUUGCGUGCCGUCGCUGGAGGAAGUCAAAUGGUGGCAAGACAUGCUGCUGGGGGUUGAUUAGAAAAGUGACACCGCACGCACGCCGCGGGGAGAAGCCACCACAUGGCACCGCCGCAUGUGACGGACCUUCUCCUGGUUUCAGUCAUCGAAGACAUGUCGUUCCCUCCGCGUGGUUAUAGUUCCGGAGUUCGCUGCCAAAGGUAUACAGGUGGCAGAUACCAGGGUAAAUGGCUGGGUAUGCAGCCUCAUGGAUACGGGGUGAAGCAAACUAGCAGCGGUUUGUGCUACGAGGGUCACUGGCAGUUGGGUCAGAGGCAUGGCUACGGCACUCUGCGACGCAAGGAGCCCGAUGGCAGCAUUCAACGCAUCUACGUGGGUCAGUGGCAGCAGGAUAAACGAAGUGGCGAAGGCAAGCAGUUCUAUGCCGAUGGAUCCGUGUACUUUGGUCAGUGGCUAAAGGGUCAAAGGAGUGGACAAGGAAUCCUGUGGCAGCCGGAUGGAGGCGUCUACGUCGGGGAGUGGCUCCUAGACAAAAUGCACGGAAAGGGAGUGCUUUUUACAGCGAAAGGAAAUCGCUAUGUGGGCCAAUUUGAAGGAGGCUGCAAGUCAGGAUUGGGUGUUUUCUACCACGGCAACGAUGGCCAGCGGAUUCAGCGCGGUUUUUGGAGCGAGGACAUCUGUAGAACGUCUCUGAUGCCCCUGCUGCCAGGAUUUAACUCAAAAGGGUUAUUUUAA